UAAAUUUAAAACCAGUUUUUAACUCCGUUUUUCUUUUUUCCUUUUUCUUUUCUUCUCUUCCCCUCAUAGACUAAUAUACAUAGAAACAGCUUUGCUGAAAUCCGUUUUUGAAAUUUCUCUCCGAUGAACUCGCGCUCUGAAACAAAUCUCAGGGACACAUUUGUCAGAUAGGCUGGGCAUGUCGGAACCCCUGCUUCUUCAGCCCUCGGUUCCUUACCCUCCAUCUGAAUUGGACGUUAAUGACAAUGAUGGGAUGGAGCUUUUGUCGGCAUCCUGGAAUCAGGACUAUGGAUGCUUUGCUGCUGGGACAAGCCGUGGUUUUCGGAUUUACAAUUGUGACCCUUUCAAGGAAAUUUUUAGGAGGGAUUUGAAAAGUGGGGGGUUUGGGAUUGUUGAAAUGCUGUUCCGCUGCAACAUUCUGGCCCUCGUUGGUGGUGGAUCUAAUCCACAGUACCCUCCUAACAAAGUUAUGAUUUGGGAUGAUCACCAGAGCCGAUGCAUUGGUGAAUUUUCGUUCAGAUCUGAUGUACGUGCCGUGAAACUUAGAAGGGAACACAUCGUUGUGGCUCUUGAACAUAAGAUAUAUGUUUAUGAUUUUACGGAUCUGAAGCUUCUUCAUCAAAUAGAGACAUUUUCAAACCCAAGAGGGCUUUGUUGCCUUUCACACCAUUCAAAUACCUCCGUGUUGGCUUGCUUGGGUCUCCAGCGAGGGCAGGUACGAAUAGAUCACUUUGGGUUGAAGAUGUCAAAAUUGAUUGAUGCUCAUGACUCUAGCUUGGCAUGCUUUACCUUAACUAUGGAUGGACUUCUUCUUGCUACUGCAAGUACAAAAGGCACUUUGGUUAGAAUUUUCAACACAAUGGAUGGGACUCGCUUACAAGAGGUCCGCAGGGGGGUGGACAGAGCAGAAAUAUACAGUAUUGCACUCUCUCCAAAUGUCCAGUGGUUGGCCGUCUCGAGUGACAAAGGCACAGUCCAUAUCUUCAGUCUCAGGGUACGGGUGGUGGGGGAGGAAUCAUCUAACCAUUACGGCACUGCUCAAUCGCCUACCGUCCACCAGAACUUUUCGAAUAAUCUCCUAUCCCCAAAUACUGGUGGUAACCCUGGAUCAUCCCUUUCUUUUAUGAAAGGAAUGUUACCGAAGUAUUUUAGCUCAGAAUGGUCAUUUGCCCAGUUCUUUGUACCAGAAAACAACCGGUUUGUUGCAGCAUUUGGGUUUCAGAACUCUGUCAUGAUCGUUGGCAUGGAUGGCAGUUUCUAUAGGUGCACUUUUGACCCAUUAAAUGGAGGGGAGAUGUCGCAGCAAGAGUACAUCAGGUUUCUGAAAAUUGACAAUAGGCCAAAAUCAGGAACCACUUGAACACCAUAGAGAAAAUCAAUUCAGGUUUUCUUCCUAAUGUUCACCUUUCCAUAUGUAAAUUAUAACAGCGGACUGGUCGAUGAAAAUCAUCACCCAAAUAUUGCAGCAUCUUAUGGCUGCUAGUCUUUGUUUCGGCCCCGUUCGAUAUGGUUGCUGUUGUUUCCAAGCAGGUGAUGCUCAAAUCCACCUCAUGGUUUGAUUGUGAAUACCCCUUGAUGAACUUACCGUUUUGUACAAACUAAUGUUUGGCUAUUUAAUGUUAAAAUUAUGUGAACGUAUGUCUUAACCAUUGUAGAGGCAAGCUUCUGAAUGGCUCGUGUUCGUGCAAUUUCCCUUUGUAGGGUCUUUAUCUAUAUCACUGUGGAACUUCUCGUCAAAUCAAAUUUUUUUCUU